AAACAGGUGGGGGUGAAAGGCCGGCGAGGAGAAGCGAUGGCGGAGAGGAAGGUGGCCGCGAUGGAGGAAGAAGAAGGAGUGGAGAUCGCGACGGAAGCGAGAGAGGUGGAGAAGCUGAAGGAGCGGAAGGUCUCGUGGACGAGGCUGCGCCGCGUCGACUCUCUCAACCUGGAGGCGGGUCGAGUCUCCAUGUCUCACGCCCACUCCUCUGAGGUGAAUUGGCAAAGGACGUUAAGUUUGGCAUUUCAGAGCAUAGGAGUGGUGUACGGUGACAUAGGAACAUCUCCACUCUACGUGUACUCGAGUACAUUCACGGAGGGAAUUAAGGACACUCAGGAUGUUAUUGGGGUUUUGUCGCUAAUUAUCUACACGAUUGCUCUCCUCCCCAUGCUCAAAUAUGUCUUCAUCGUCCUCUUGGCCAAUGACAAUGGCGACGGAGGGACGUUCGCAUUGUACUCGCUGAUAUGCCGGUACGCGAAGGUGAGCCUGAUCCCGAAUCAGCAGCCGGAGGACCGAGAAGUUUCGAACUACAAGCUUGACACUCCGUCGAACCCGCUGCGACGGGCUCAGAAGAUCAAGUAUAUGCUCGAGAACAGCAAGAGCGCCCGGAUCUUGCUUUUUCUUGUUACCAUCAUGGGCACUUCGAUGGUCAUCGGCGACGGUGUUCUCACUCCAUCUAUUUCAGUUCUUUCAGCAGUGAGCGGGAUCAAGUCACUUGGGAAAGAUGCUGUGGUGUGGAUAUCGGUGGCGAUCCUGAUAGCCCUUUUCUGCGUCCAGAGGUUCGGGACGGAUCGCGUCGGGUUCUCUUUUGCGCCCAUCAUCUUACUCUGGUUCCUGUUCAUUAGCGGGAUCGGGCUCUUCAACCUGUUCAAGUACGACAUCGGUGUGUUGCGUGCCUUCAACCCUAAGUACAUCGUCGACUACUUCAAACGCAACGGCAAGCAAGCCUGGAUCUCGCUCGGCGGCAUCUUCCUCUGCAUUACAGGCACUGAGGCCAUGUUUGCUGAUCUGGGUCAUUUCAAUGUUCGAGCAAUCCAAAUCAGCUUCUCUUUCCUCGUAUUUCCUGCACUUUUGACCGCAUAUAGUGGACAAGCAGCUUAUCUCAUGAAGCACGCUGAUCAUGUUGCCAACACUUUCUAUGACUCAAUCCCAGGACCCAUUUACUGGCCGACAUUCGUGGUGGCGGUCGCCGCAGCGAUCAUCGCAAGCCAGGCAAUGAUCUCGGGGGCGUUCGCCAUCGUCUCGCAGUCGCUGAGCUUGGGCUGCUUCCCGAGGGUCAAGGUGGUUCACACAUCGGCCAAGUACGAGGGGCAGGUUUACAUACCGGAGGUGAACUACAUGCUCAUGAUCGCCUGCGUCUUGGUCACUCUCGCCUUCAAGACCACAACCAACAUCGGCAAUGCGUAUGGAAUUGCUGUGGUGAGUGUCAUGUUGAUCACGACUUGCUUGCUCACUCUCAUCAUGCUCGUGAUAUGGAAGACGAGCAUAUGGUGGAUCGUGCUCUUCUUCUCCGUCUUCGGCUCGAUCGAAUUGCUCUAUGUCUCGUCGGUCUACUACAAGUUCAAGCAGGGUGGUUUCCUGCCGCUCGUGUUCGCCGCCGUCCUCAUGACCGUCAUGAUCAUCUGGCACUAUGUCCACAAGCAACGGUACAUGUACGAGCUCAAGAACAAGGUCUCGGCCCAGUUCAUUAAAGAUCUCGCUGCGAACCGAAGCAUCAACCGGGUCCCCGGGGUCGCCCUCCUCUACUCUGAGCUUGUGCAGGGCAUUCCUCCAAUAUUAUCGCAUUUUGUGGGAAAUAUUCCGUCUAUCCAUUCGGUUCUAGUCCUCGUCUCAAUCAAGAACCUCCCGAUCAGCAAGGUCGCGCUCGAGGAGCGGUUCUUGUUCAGGCAGGUCGAACCAAGGGGCUUCAGGAUGUUCCGCUGCGUUGUGCGGUAUGGAUACAAGGACAAGAUUGAGGAGCCGCACGAGUUUGAGCGCCAAUUGGUGGACAACUUGAAGGAAUUCAUCCGGCAUGAGUACUUCUUGCUUGAGGCUGCGAACAAUGAUCCCAACCGAAAGGAUGAGACGGCCAACAACAGCGUACCCCAGUCGACAUUGCUAGCGGAAGUUGGACAGGCCAACGGAUCAACCGUCCAAAUGGAGGAGUCGCUGCCGCAGCCAAACCCGUCCAAUCUCUCUUCCAAUUCUAUCCAAUCAUUUAACGCGGUCACGUCGACGAAUUCUUCCAAUCGAACUGUGUUUAGUCCAAUCCCAGCGGCUGAAGAGGAGAUGCAAUUCGUGCAGAGAGCAAUGGAGAGGGGUGUGGUGUACCUCCUCGGGGAAGCUGAGGUGGUUGCCAAGCCGAACUCGUCCGUGUUCAAGAAGAUCAUUGUCAACUACGUCUACACUUUUCUCAGGAAAAAUUUCAGGCAAGGCGAGAAAAUUAUGGCGAUCCCAAGGCAUAGGCUUGUGAGGGUUGGCAUGACAUAUGAGAUAUGAAUGGAAAAGAGAACACUGCUUGUGGUCAAAUAUAAUGUCGCGACUUUUAAUGGGAAAGUUGCUGAAUGCAUGUUUGGAGUGAGAGCACAAGUUGAAGAAACGUAAUGUUCAUGUUUCAUCACCAAUGGCUUUCUCUAACACAAAACAUAUUUUGUUAUGUACCUUUUGUGCGUCUAUUAAUGAAUGUUCUCGCCUUGUAGUUGUACUUUACCUUUUUCUUUGCAUUCAACAAGAAAAUUCAAUUAGUGAA